AGUGGGGAUUUUCUUAUUUGCUCUGCAAGUCAACCAAGACGAUAUCAACAAAGGACUGCACCGAUUAACCACAGAGUUUUAUUUUUCUUUUCUGAGACUUUGCCAGUUGUUCUUCAAGAAAUGAGCUAUUAUUUCUGUUCCUGAAUUUGAGUGCAUCACAAGUUCCUCCCAGUCUGCACCACAUGUCCAUGAUCGUCUUUGAAGUCUUCUGUUACAGGAGGUGCUUGUGCUACUGUAGGUGUCAGAACUAUAAGUCAGAGAUCCUGCAAGUUCCUGUUGACACUGUCGUCCUGACACACAUACAAAUACAAGCUAGUUUUUUUUCUUAUAAUCGAACCUCCUAAUAAAACCAGGAGGUUUAUCGAUAACUGAAGCGUCAGUGAACUCUGAGACCCAAGGACCAUCAGGACCUGGUAGGCAAAACAAACGAUUUUCUUCCACCAUGGCUGACAAUGUGAUCACUAAGCCACUGGGGUUGGUGCUGAUCGCCACUGCACACAUGGUUUUCGGACCUGGUGGGGCAGAGGUCAUCGGGACCCUGGGCAACAACAUCACACUAACCUUCACAUUUAAUGAGACUGCCAUUAAUUACAACAGCCACUUUGCUGUUUAUUUAAACGAUAGAAAGAUCGCCGAGUAUACAGGACACAGGCGUUUCAUGCUGGGCGAUGUUUUUGACAUUUAUCAAAACACAUCCGUACGAUACCACAUCUCAAAACUGUAUUUAAAUAAGAGUGGUUCUUACCGGAUGACCUUGUUCCAAGACUCAACAAAGCUUAAAGAGAGUGACAAUGAAGUCCAUCUGACUGUCCUAAGGGGAAACACCAGCAGCACAGUAGGUCCACUGCAGGAAAACAUCACUACGACCACAAGAAGUGAAAGCUCUACCUUUGCCCUGCCUACUGAUAUGAUCUUUGUCCUCGUGAUUUCAUUGUUUCUUCUGACCGUGGCAUUAUUUUCAUUGCUCAUCUGGUGUCUUGUGAGAGUCAAAGCUCGACAACAACAAUAUGUACCACAACAGAACUCUAACACCACAACUCAGGACACCAUUAACAUAUCCAACUCCCCACCUCAACCUCCGUUGGUCUACAGCGUCCUGGACUUCCCUAAGAGACCCGCAGCCACCAGUGUAAACUCAGACAAUACAGAGUAUGCUAACAUUAGCUACGUGUCAGAGAAGAUGCACAGCUCAAUGCAAACCUAGCGAUGAAAGCGUUAACAGCCACCGUUCUGCAAGAGGAAAUGCAAGAUUGUAUGAUAACAACUGCUGUCGCUAACACCACAUCAUUUUAAUAAACAAUUUCUGUACAUUCUGUAAAUAAUUUCCACUGACACUGACGUCAAAGUCUUUCCAAAUGCCUGGUGAUAUUUUUAAAAUAAAAACAGAAAUGACAACAGACGUCUGGCUGAAGCGGCAUCUACCGCGGCAUCCUAAGGGUUGGAUGCCACACUGACUGCAGACAUUUUAAAGUAUACAACAUGAACUUAUAUGUAUCGACCUGGUCAACAUGCCUGCAGAACAGCGAUCACCAACUGGCAGCACGCAGGCCAAGUCUGGCCCACCGAAAUCAUCCAAUCGGGCCCUUGACCGAAUCAAACAAUAAUGUUGACAAAAUGGUGGUUUUUAUUCCAUUUUGUUUGAGUGUCUGGCCCCAAGGUGUCUGUCCAGAAUAACUCUAGCCCUCCAACAUAUAUAAUUGAUGACCCCUGGUGUAUAAUUUGGCUCCUCUCCUCUCAACAUUUUUCCAGUGGGUGGUAUUAGACAAAGGAAAUGUGUAAAGUCCUGGAGAAAAAAAUAUGGAUGAACGUAGUAACAGGCUUACAUUAGUAAGGUUCCAGUAGAGGGGGCUAGGGUGCAGGGACAGUGUGAAAUGAAGAUUGUGAAAUGGAUGCAAUCAUUUUGUUGAUCAGGUGUCUGUUCAAUGACAUUAAAGGAUUUUAAAUCUU